UCCUGGCCGGCCCAGCACCUGCGCGGCCCUCGGGCUUGGAGGGCUGGGCCGGGCGGGACGGGCCGGCGGCGGCGGCGGCGGCCUCGCCUUCUCUCCGGGGCUGCGACCCCGAGGCUGCCGGCUGCAGAUGGGAGCCCGCGGAGCCGAGGAUGCGGGCGGGCUGCGGCGACCCGGCGCGGGAGCUGUUCCGGGACGCCGCCUUCCCUGCCGCGGACUCCUCGCUCUUCUGCGACCUGUCUACGCCGCUGGCCCAGUUCCGCGAGGACAUCACGUGGAGGCGGCCCCAGGAGAUCUGUGCCACGCCCCGGUUGUUUCCAGAUGACCCACGGGAAGGGCAGGUGAAGCAAGGACUGCUGGGGGAUUGCUGGUUCCUGUGCGCCUGUGCCGCCCUGCAGAAGAGCAGGCACCUCCUGAACCAGGUCAUUCCUCCGGGACAGCCGAGCUGGGAUGACCAGGAGUACCAGGGCUCCUUCACCUGUCGCAUUUGGCAGUUUGGACACUGGGUGGAGGUGACCACAGACGACCGCCUGCCGUGCCUUGCAGGGAGACUCUGUUUCUCCCGCUGCCAGAGGGAGGAUGUGUUCUGGCUCCCCUUACUGGAAAAGGUCUAUGCCAAGGUCCAUGGGUCCUAUGAGCACUUGUGGGCAGGGCAGGUGGCGGAUGCCCUGGUGGACCUGACUGGCGGCCUGGCAGAAAGAUGGAACCUGAAGGGCAUAGCAGGAAGCAGAGGCCAGCAGGACGGGACAGGCCCCGGGGAGCACAGGACCUGCCAGCAGCUGCUCCACCUGAAGGACCAGUGUCUCAUCAGCUGCUCCGUGCUCAGCCCCCGAGCAGGUGCCCGGGAGCUGGGGGAGUUCCAUGCCUUCAUUGUCUCGGACCUGCGGGAGCUUCAGGGACCGGCGGGCCACAGCGUCCUGCUGCUGCGGAUCCAGAACCCCUGGGGCCGGCGGUGCUGGCAGGGGCUCUGGAGAGAGGGGGGUGAAGGCUGGAGCCAGGUAGAUGCAACAGUAGCGUCUGAGCUCCUGUCCCAGCUCCAGGAAGGGGAGUUCUGGGUGGAGGAGGACGAGUUCCUCAGGGAGUUUGACGAGAUCACCGUCGGCUUCCCCAUCACGGAGGCUGGCCACCUGCAGAGCCUCUACACAGAGAGGCUGCUCUGCCACACUGGGGCGCUGCCUGGGGCCUGGGUCAAGGGGCAGUCAGCAGGAGGCUGCCGGAACAACAGCGGCUUUCCCAGCAACCCCAAAUUCUGGCUGCGGGUCUCAGAGCCGAGCGAGGUGUACGUGGCCGUGCUGCAGAGAUCCAGGAUGCAUGCGGCGGACGGGGCAGGCUGGGCGCGGGCGCUGGUGGGUGACAGUCGUACUUCAUGGAGCCCAGCGGGCAUCCCGGGCAAGCACUACCAGGCUGUGGGCCUGCACAUCUGGAAGGUGGAGAAGCGGCGGGUCAGUCUGCCCAGGGUCCUGUCUACACCUCCCGUGGCUGGCACCGCGUGCCACGCAUAUGACCGGGAGGUCCACCUGCGUUGCGAACUCUCACCGGGCUACUACUUGGCUGUCCCCAGCACCUUCCUGAAGGACGCACCUGGGCAGUUCCUGCUCCGAGUCUUCUCCACCGGGCGGGUCUCCCUCAGUGCCGUCAGGGCAGUGGCCAAGAACGCCGCCGCUGGGGCAGUCCUGCCUGCGGGGGAGUGGGGGACCGUGCAGCUGCGGGGCUCGUGGAGAGCCGGCCACACGGCGGGGGGCAGCAGGAACUUUGCCUCCUACCCCACCAACCCCUGCUUCCCCUUCCUGGUUCCCGAGGGCCCUGGCCCCCGCUGCAUCCACAUCACUCUGCAUCAGCACUGCCGGCCCGGUGACACCGAGUUCCACCCCAUUGGCUUCCAUGUCUUCCAGGUCCCAGAGGGUGGCAGGAGCCCGGAUGCGCUCCCGCUGCUACUGCAGGAGCCGCUGCUGAGCUGCGUGCCGCACCGCUAUGCCCAGGAGGUGAGCCGGCUCUGCCUCCUGCCUGCAGGCACCUACAGGGUCGUGCCCUCCACAUACCUGCCGGACACAGAGGGGGCUUUCACGGUGACCAUCGCAAUCAAGAUUGACAGGCCAUCCAUUCACAGCCAGGAGGUGCUGGGCCAGUUCCUCCAGGAGGUCUCCGUCAUGGCAGUGAUGAAAACCUAGCUGUGUGGCCCCAUGCCAGCUCAGGUGACUGGAGCCGAGGGCCUGCAGGGUUCCCAGCGGCUGGGCCGGCCAGCCUUUCGUCGUCGGG